AUGUUGACUAAGUCGUUCACCCUCUCUUUGGCCUGUGCUGCUAUCGCGACUGCACAGAGCUCUGCCGCUCCCUCCUUCACUGCGUCUGUAGCACCCGCUGCGGAAACUGUUGCUUCUGAUGCUACUCCGGCCAAUGUUCCGCUGUUCGACACUGAGACUGUUCAACUUACAGAUAACGUUGUUUCAGACUUGCAGAGCAACCCGGAUGUGAGCGAAUAUGCUUCGCUCUUUGAGUUUGCCGACAGCUCCAAUUCGACUGUGAGCGCGCGCACUCGCCGUGUGCGCAAGUCUCUCCGAUGCAAGACCAUGCCUGGAGAUCUGCUGUAUCCCAGCAAGCUUGUCUGGGGUGUCUUUGAUCUUCUGCUUGGUGGUGCGCUGGAGAAGAUUGUUCCCAUCGGUUCGCCCUGCUACAAAAAUUCCGAGUACAACAACUACAAUGCUGGAAACUAUGAGGACAAUGGCGCUCUCAUGAACCCUCUGUACUACGGCAUGACUUGCCCGAUCCCGGCAUCUGGUAACUUUGCCAAUGGUACGUGCACCCAGGGAGGCUACGCAGAGUACGCCGUCAAAGUCACCAAUGUCGCGCAAAUCCAGUUGGCUAUCAAUAUGGCCCGCUCGCUGAACCUUCGUUUGGUUGUUCGCAACACCGGCCACGACUACAAUGGUCGAUCUGUCGGAAAGGGUGCUCUGAGUGUUUGGACCCACGGACUCAAAGACAUUCAGUACGUCAAGAAUUACAAAGGCUCCACAUACUCGGGCCCAGUGUUCAAGGUCGGUGCUGGUGUUCAGGGUUUCGAGCUGUACGCGGCUGCCGACAAAUAUGGUGUCACCGGUGUUGCUGGCAUCUGCCCGACUGUCGGUGUUUAUGGUGGCUACUCUGCAGGUGGUGGCCACUCUCCUGUUAUGCAGCUUUUCGGUGUUGGUUCCGACCAAGUCGUCGCUCUUGAGGUUGUGACCGCGAAUGGACGCUUCAUCACUGCAACCCCUACUGUCAACAGCGAUUUAUACUGGGCUUUGCUUGGUGGCGGUGGUGGCACUUUCGGUAUCGUCACCUCUGCUGUCGUAAAGGUCCACCGUAAAGUUCCUGUCACUGUCAGCACAUGGACCCUUGCCACCUCCGAGACCGUCUCUGCAGAUGCUUUCUGGGAGGCCUUCAAAAUUUUUACCUACUCUUACUUUUCGCUGAUGAAGCUCGCGCCCGGCACCUACAUGUGGUCCAUGGGUCCCUUCUUCGCCACCGACAAGACUGUUGAGGAGUAUGAAGCUCUGUUGAAGCCGUUCUUCAACAAGUGCGCAUCGCUCGGUAUCCAGCUCAACGCCAACGUCACCCAUUAUGACAGCUUCUACCCCGCUUACCAGGCUACCUUUGGAACUCUCGACUACUUCGUUGGCGGGGCUGGUGCCACACCUGGGAACAGAAUCUUGCCUACCGAGAACUGGGCUACAGAGGAGAUCCGUAACCAGACUUUCGCGGCUGUGCAACACGCGGUCGAUAACUCGUUGAUGCUCAAUGUGUACCACCAACACGCUGCUGAGCAGGAGCGUAAGGAUAUCAACUCUGUGAACCCAGCAUUCCGUAACGAGCAGAGUAUGAUCGUGGCCAUCAACCUCGUGACUGAGCAGACUGCGGCUGGAUGGAGAUCUGCGGUUGAGGACCUCAACACCAACAUUCUAGCACCGCUGCGCAAGGUCACGCCGGCCGGUGGAAGUUACGGGAACGAAGCGGACAUCGCCGAGCCAGACUGGCAACAGGCCUUCUGGGGCAAGAACUAUGCCAGGCUGCUCAAGAUCAAGAAGCAGGUUGAUCCCACCGGUCUGUUCUAUGUCCACCACGGCGUUGGUAGUGAAGACUGGGUUGUCGAUGACAAUGGCAUUGUCGGCGUGCAGUCGACAGAUGGUCCGCUGUGUCGCGCGUGA